UUCGUGUGCGAUAUUCUAGAGAUAAUUCGGAUAAGUAUGACGGAUUUUCGGACGUCGUCAAUACUUCGGAGGCGAAACCGCAAGUUGAGGCUGAGAAUCUGCCGAUACGUGAUCUACUUCUUCUGGGUUCUCAAUUUCAUUUUCACCUUUGCGGAUAUUUAUAUGUAUUCUCUCAGGCUGAGUAAGAAGAUGGAUUGUUGGAGGUGUCUGUUCAAAACCUAUAUGAUUAUAGCGAUUUGCGUAUCUGUUGGGAAGAUUCCACUGCUGAUCGUGGGCAUACCCAUGGUAUUUCUCAAGUUAACCAGGAGACUUCGCAUUUACGUGACGGUUCUCUUCUUGGCCACGUGGUUGCAAAUGAUGUUGACUAUUUUGUUUUCACAGGAAUACCAAGCUAUAAGCGAUGUGCUACGAUUGUGGGCAAAUCACAAAAGUCUGGAGUUCUUCGAAGUUCAUUCCACGUGCUGCGGCGUGGUAGGACCCGACGACUACAAGCUGGCUAAUAUGAUGGUACCCCCAUCAUGCUUCAAGGAUCGCAGUGGAGAGCUGGAGGACCAGUACCAAGUUGGCUGCUCUACCCGCUCAGUAAAGCCAGUUUUUCCGGUUGUCCAAGUGGUUUCCGUCUUACUUCAGUACGGGUUAGUCCUAGUGUUGGCUGUGUACCUAGUUAUCCUGAAAAGGACAGAGAUCCGCCGUCGCACUAUGUGGUCGCUGAGUCCCACUGAAGUAAAUUCUGUUGACAGUGAUGAGUAAAGCAAUAGGCGGAACUGGGAAGUAAUGCCAAAGAGACGAAAGUAAGUCAACUUUGGUGUUACUUUCCAGCUCCGGCUAGGGCUUAAGCAGCAGACUUCCAUGUGGGAUUGAAAUUCGGAAUCGGUUUGCAUUUCACUUCGCUCUGGGAAUGGGUAUUGGCAUUGGCGUGCGAGACAAAUUGGAUGCUGCUGGCCCUCGUCAUAUUUCACGGACUGCAAUCAAUAACGAUAAACACUUGAGUCGCAAAUCCAAUGUCCAGAAUCCGAUGUCCGAUGGCAUGCAUAUGGAUGAGCCAAUAAAGAAAUCAACAUAGCAUGUCGGACAAUUGAAAAAGUAUUGCAAAUGCCGGGACAGCCGGGGAUUCGGACAUGGAAUAGGACUCCAAUCCGGACAAUAUGCAAAUGCAGUUAAGCAGAAAAUAUUCAAGGACAAUCCAGACCCACCUCCCCGCACCCUCCGGAGUUUAUCUUCUUUUUAUGUCCCUCUACCCGCGCAUAAAUUUUAUUGUUGUCAACAUUAAAUUCUAGUCGUGAGAAA